AUGAAGAAGAGUCGGAACCUGCUCCUGACCGCCGGGACCAGUUUAGUAGUUCUUAGAAAUAUCCGCAACACCUUGGAGAACACCACAGGCCUGGUCCGGAGCAUGAUCUGCAACCUAAAGGCCAAGAAAGCAGCCAUCGUCGCUCCCUUCAGUAGCUAUGUCAAGAUGUUGAAGUGGCUAGGAAACAUGCUCAAGGGGGUGACAGACUUAGGGGUGGUGCACCUGGACUCCCAACUCAAGGUGUCACCCAGGCUGGAAUCAGAGAACUUCAGGUGGAAACUCAGCGAAGCGGAGCAGAAGCUGAACGACACCGCGACGUAUGUCCAGUCCCUCAUGGAUACGGUCUCCGCGGUGACCGAUCGGGCGUUCCCUGCCGUCAGCUUCCUGGCGCUCGUGCUGCUCAUAGCGCUGCACCUCAGGAGAUACCGCGGCGACGCCGAAUACCAGAACCGCUUCACGAGCAGCGCGUUCGUCGUUUUCGACGGGAAGCGGAAGGCGGAGGGGAAGGCCCACGUCCUCCCGCUCACGCCCGAGGAAGAGAAGCUGUACGCCGCCGUCCCAUCGGCCCGUCCCACCGCCAGAGAGGGGAGAGCCAUGCUGAAAUUCGGUGUUCCGGGGAUUGCGACUUUAAUAGGCAUACCGCUCGGUGAGGAAAGCCACCAAGAAGACUUCUCCUACUCCGUGACCCUGUUUGAGAAGAAAUGCCUUCCUGAACCCAAGCUGCUGCUCUACAACUCCGUCGCCCCUCUGGCGGCCAUCUUGCUCGCCUUGUUCUUCAUGGCUCUGGCGGCUGCCAAAGCGGCCCAGCUCAGGCUGAUGGUCUGCGAGCGCUUCUUCCCCGGCGCGGCGGAGGAGAGGGCGGAGUACCUGCACGACAAAAUCCUGAGGAAGAGAGGCACAAAGAGGAAGGGGAAAGGAAGCUGCGGCCUGCCGUCACUUUAUUUAAAGCCACAUUUCUGGUUGCCGCUACUCUUCAGGCCGAAAGAGGAUCCGCCGAGUGUCGUGUGAGAAAGUUAUUAUUUUAGCUAUAAGAAAGC